UGGCAUGGUCCAAUGGAUAGCCAUAGGAGUUGGGGGUGCUAGCAACAAGCCAUGGUUUGUUAGACAAAACAUUAAUGUAGAACAGUUAUCAUUGGAGGAGGUGGAGACAUGGUUUGAGCUGGAACGAGUGUCAAUAGUCAACUGUGAUCUGAAUUGUUUGCCUCAGUUGCAGUUUGAGUGCCCAAGCCUCUUGAGUUUGAACAUUCAGCAUAAUCAAAGACUAGAAAAUCUGCCAAAAAUCUUUCUUAGACAAAUGCCAAAUCCCACAUACUUGAAUAUAUCUUCCACUAGAAUUCAUGAGCUCCCAAUUGAGAUCAUCACACAUUUGUUUAACCUUGAGUUUCUUGACAUAUCACGCACAAAAAUCAAAUCACUUCCGCAAGAGCUGGGAAAUUUGAAAAAAUUGAAAUACCUUUUUUGUGGAUAUCUGUUUCUAGGCAAAUUACAAGCUGGGCUAUUAUCAAAUUUGUACAGUCUACAGGUGCUUGACCUAUAUCCAUAUGGGUAUGUAGAACCAAAGGAAUUCGAGAUACUGAGAGGUUUGAAAGGUAUAGGAAUGUGUGCAUCUUCUUAUGAGAUCCUCCAACAACUCUCCCACCUGCCAAUUGUCAAUAUUAAUAUUCAAGAAAUUGAAGGCUUGCUGACACUUCAACUUAGUAGUUUAACAAGUGAAGGUCAUGGGUGGCCAAAGGAACUUCAAAUCAGAUCAUGCACUACCAUUUCAAAAUCUGGUGAUUACUAAUGGAACUAAGAUAAAUCUCAAGUUUCUCAGAUUAUUUGAUCUCCCGAAAUUGAGAAGUUUUAUUUGGAGGAUUGAGCCGAAAGAAGUUUUUCCAAUGCUUCAACUUGUCCAAAUUGAAGCAUGCCACACCUUGACGAGUCUUCAUUGGGUCUUGCAUCUCCCGGUCCUCUAUGUUUUGGUAUUAAAAAAUUGUGAUGCAAUGGAAGAAUUGAUAGAUGAAGAGGUGGGAGAAAUUGAAGAAGACAACACCAUCACUACGUUUCCCAGACUAAAGUAUUUGACAAUAGUUCAUUUACCAAAGCUAGUGAAAAUAAGCAGUUGUGCAUUAGAUUUCCCUCAUCUUUCAAAGGUUCACUUGGAGGACUGUCCAAAUUUGAAGAGGCUUCCAUUCAAGCCCGAUAUCAUCAACAACCAAGGCCUAUUGAUUAAAUGUGAGAAGAAAUGGUGGGAGAUGUUAGAGUGGGAUGAUGCCAGUAUCCAAUCCCAAUUUUGCUCAAAUAGCACAGAAGAGGAAGAAAUUGCAGAAUUUUUUGUUGGCAAUGUUCCUACAGAAGAUGAAGAAAUUGCGGAAUAUUUUGUUGAUCUUGCUGCUACAUCUGCUCACGAAGGCUCUCCAACAAUAUCUUCAUUUGUUGAGGUACGAGAAGAAGAUGAGAAGGCAAUACAAUUUGUUAAUUUAUUCGAUGAAAUAACUCACUUGGAAGGAGAACAAUCAGAAGUCUCAUUCUUAGAGCUAUUGCCUCCUAAACCAGUCUCUAAAUCAUAUACGAUAGUGGGGAAAAAAUUCGUUUCCAACCUUGAUAUUGCUCAAGGUUAUCUGGCAGAUGAAACAAUUGGUAUAAUUGACAUAUGGGGCAUGGGGGGUGUAGGCAAGACCACACUCUUGAAAAAAAUCAACCAAUCAUUGUUAGAUGAUGCAAACAUGGUAUUUGAUCAUGUGCUAUUUAUCGAAGUUUCACAAAAUACUCAGUUGGAAGAACUUCGGAAAGAGAUUGCUAAAAAAUUGCAUUUGGCCCCUGAUGCUGGUCAACAAGACAUCUUCAAUGCCCUAGAAACUAAGAAUAUUGUAUUGCUCUUGGAUAAUAUAUGGGGUAGACCUUGUUGA